UUAUUAUCUAAUUGAAAAGAUUGUCAAAGAAAUUUUCUGAUUUUGUAUUAAAAUAUUUUCUACUUAUGCAAUUUAUUUUACUUCGUCCUUUUUUUCUUUUGGUCAAAGAGUUUAUCAACUUUUAACUACGAUAAUAUUAAGAUGUGUAACACAUUACAAUGAUCUUUUCAUCGAGUUUUCCGUUGGUUUACAUGAUAAAGAACUUAAUUACAGCAAAAAAAAAUUCACAAGGCAACGCACUGUAAUGAAAUCACGUCACCACGCUCACUUGGCUGUCGUAGGAGUCACGUUUCCGUCGCUGUCGUUGUAGCAAACCACCGGCACUUUUUCAACGCCUUCUCUUCCGUUAUUUUUCAUUGCAAAAACCUUCUUGAACUCAAACUUUGUUUUGUAAUAAUUUAAUUAAUUAUUAUUCUUUUUGUAUUCUCCUGUCUCCUCAUCGGUCGUUUAAACAUUUCUCUGGUUCUGUUUAUCUCUAAAGCUUACUAUUCAACGUCGUUUCCUGACCGUCCGAUGAUUUGACUUUUUACCGAUCAGUUAGUUGACUUAAAACCAUACGGCGACGAUGGGUCAUUGUUACAGCCGGAACAUUUCCACCGUUGAAGAUAAGGACGGCGAUGUACCCAACGGAGUCGCCCAGCUUCAAAACAACCACCGUACGUCAGUUCCCAGUUCUCCAGUUGCGUCUGGCUCUACCGAAGCCAACCCUUACACCAUUAGCCCAUUUCAAAGCCCGUUGCCGGCGGGAGUAGCUCCUUCUCCGGCGAGAACGCCGGGAAGAAAGUUUAAAUGGCCGUUCCCGCCUCCUUCACCAGCGAAACCGAUUCUGGCGGCUCUGAGACGGAGAAGGGGUACGGCUCCUCAGCCUCGAGACGGUCCUAUCCCUGAGGAAAGUGAGGAAGUCGAUGAUCAGGGAAGAGCCGGCGAAACCGCUGAGAGGUUGGAUAAUAACUUCGGAUUCUCGAAGCACUUCGAAGGGAAGUACGAGCUGGGGAAGGAGGUUGGUCGAGGGCAUUUUGGUAAUACUUGUUGGGCAAAAGCCAAGAAAGGGAAGAUCAAAGGGCAAACAGUAGCAGUCAAGAUCAUCGCCAAAGCCAAAAUGACAUCAGCUCUAUCCAUUGAAGAUGUUCGCCGAGAGGUGAAACUGCUGAAAGCUCUGUCCGGGCAUAGGCAUAUGGUUAAGUUCUACGAUGUGUUUGAGGACGCAGAUAAUGUCUUUCUGGUUAUGGAGUUAUGUGAAGGUGGAGAGUUAUUGGAUAGAAUCUUGGCAAGAGGUGGUCGGUUUCCAGAAGCAGAUGCUAAGCGUAUUCUUGUGCAAAUUCUAUCUGCAACUGCUUUUUUCCAUCUUCAAGGUGUUGUGCACCGUGACCUGAAGCCUGAGAAUUUUCUGUUCACCAGCAAAAAUGAGGAUGCAGUACUCAAGGUCAUAGAUUUUGGUUUAUCUGAUUUCUCCAGAUUCGAUCAACGUCUCAACGAUGUGGUAGGAAGUGCAUACUACGUUGCACCUGAAGUACUCCACAGAUCAUACGGCACUGAAGCAGAUAUAUGGAGCAUCGGUGUCAUAUCUUACAUAUUACUCUGUGGAAGUAGACCUUUCUACGGACGAACCGAGUCUGCGAUCUUUCGAUGUGUCCUUAGAGCGAAUCCUAAUUUUGAAGAUACGCCGUGGCCUUCUAUAUCUCCUAUUGCCAAAGAUUUUGUGAGAAGGCUACUGAACAAAGACCAUAGGAAAAGAAUGACAGCUGCUCAAGCUUUAGCUCAUCCAUGGCUACGAGGUGAAAACCCUGGUUUGCUUCUUGAUUUCUCCAUCUACAAACUAGUGAAAUCUUAUAUUCGUGCAUCUCCUUUCAGACGAGCAGCACUUAAGUCUCUAUCCAAAGCUAUACCAGAAGAGGAGCUUGUGUUCCUUAAAGCACAGUUCAUGCUUCUGGAACCAGAAGAUGGAGGCUUGUUUCUUCACAAUUUCACUACGGCUUUGACAAGAUAUGCUACGGAUGCUAUGAUCGAAUCUAGGCUUCCUGACAUUUUAAACUUGUUGCAACCCUUAGCACAUAGGAAACUCGAUUUUGAAGAGUUCUGUGCAGCUGCGGUUAGCGUUUAUCAACUAGAGGCUCUUGAAGAAUGGGAACAGAUCGCAACUACAGCAUUUGAGGACUUCGAACGUGAAGGAAGCCGAGCCAUUUCAGUCCAAGAACUCGCUGAGGAGAUGAGUUUAGGACCAAAUGCGCAUCCAUUGCUCAAGGAUUGGAUCCGGAGUUUGGAUGGGAAGCUGAGUUUCUUGGGGUAUAAAAAGUUCUUGCACGGUGUGACUGUUCGAAGCUCGAGCUCGAGACCUACUAGGUGACUUCUAACUUUGCAAAUCACACCCUAAUAAUACUGUUGAGAAGAAAAGGCACCCCUUUGUAUUGAGCAUUUUGCUUUCAGAGGAGCCGUUCCAAAACCAAAAACAAACAAACAUGGAAAAUAUUUCUUUUUUUUUUUGUAUUUUCUUUUUUAAAAUAUUCAUUUCGGUUUGUAGAGAAAGAGUUUAUAAAAUGGGUGGUGGUUGUUUGGCUCUGGUUUUGUUUCCUCUAAGCAGUAGUAUUGGAGGUGUAAUAAAUCAACUGUUUAGGUAUAAAACUUUUAUGAUAUACACAUUGAAAUGUUGUAUUAAGACAUGGUAUCAUGCAUACGCGUGCACUUCUGAUUCGGUAACUCCAGACUGUACUUUUGAUUUUGGGGCCUUGUCGGUCUUAUUGGCAGUCGCUAGCGACCAGCGACCGCAUUUAAUUACUGUUCGUUUGGAACGAUCGGUCGUUAGUGAUAUGUGAUUAGAAAUUGGUAGCUGAUUUUUCAGUCUUCCGACCAAAAAUUUGGCGCAAAUAUUAAACCAACAAAUAACAAAAGUAUCCUCAAAAUGUUUACAAGAUCACAAACAAAUAUCCCUAAAACUAAUUUUAUUCUCUCCACAGUCACUCUCCAUAGAGUUAUAGAUAUUGGAGAUUCUUUCACCCACAGUUAUUAUUAUGCCUAUGAUUUCGGUUUAUUUGGUCAAAUUGAUUCAGAUCAUUCAUUUCUGACUAGUUUGGUUUAUCCAAAAUCUCACCAAAUUAGACAUAAAUUUUUUGGUCAACUCAGGUUUUCAGUUAUUUCAGUUUUCAAAGCUUUUACCAAACUAAACUGAUAUUUUUAUUUAAAGAUUUUUAAAAACUAAAAUAUUUUUGUUAAUUUUAUUAAAUUUGGUUAGUUUGAUUCGUUUAUGUUGGUUUGUUUUUGGUUAAGUAUUUUUUAAAAACUCUAAACUGACUGACUACCAAACCGAAAAUCGAAAUACUUUUGACUUACCGAGUGGAAUGGCGGUCAAUCAGAUAUUGCGUAAGAUGGGGGUACUCAAUUUAUAAGUUCAACUUAAUUUGAUAGAUAUUGAAGUUUCCAUUAAAUUAUUAUGUUAUUCAAUUAUGUAUUUCAUCAAUUCAUUUAAAUUCUUGUGUUAUUCGAGUAUGUAUUUGAAAUCAUUUUUCCAAAAUACUUUAGAUUCUAGUGUUAUCCAAAUUUACUAUUUUCUAAUUCUAUUAAAUAUUCAUGUUAUUAAAAAUUUUGGUUGAUUUCAUGCUAAUUUUAUUUGAAAAGAAUUUAAUGGAAAAAAAUCAAUUAGGAAAUGUAAAGAACCAAUUCUUAAGGUUUAAGUUAGGAUUUGAAGAGAAUUCUUUAUUGUAUUUAUUUAUUAGAUGUGUACUUCAAACUUAUUGAUACGAUAGAUUUGGAAAUGUAAUACUUGUUAUCAAUUUAUAUUACUGUUUUGACGAAAUGACAAAAGUAUAUCAUUUACGGUAAUCCAUAUUAUAAUAGAUGAACAAAUUUUUUUACAUUCUGAUAUAGUCUUAUUAUAUAGGACUUUUUGCAAAAGUGACUCAAAACUUGGAGUCAAACAGAAAACUAACCUUUUCUUUUGACUCCUUUUUUUUUGAGAUUUUAACCCCACACCUGCAUUUUAUCUACGAAAAUG